AUGAAUUCUAAGACCGCCAAAGAGAGAAUUAUUGGCAAGUGGGGCUUAAAGUCGGGUAGCUCCAGGCCUGAGAAUGAUGUCGUGAAGUAUAAGCAGGAGAACGCGGCCCUGAGAAAAGCGAUGGAGGAAGCUGUGAAAGGGAAAAGCAAAAUGACUGAUCCGGAAAGGAGCGGGCUCCUAGAGAAAAUACUUUCCCUUGAAAAAGAAAAAGAAAAACAUAACCAUCUUCUUGGAGAGAAGGACAAAGAAAUUCAAAACCUCAAAGACAAGCUUAGAUCCAAAAACACAAAUAGUGAAGUCUUGUUACAAAGUCAACUAGAGGAAAAAACAAAGGAAGCAGAAAGGAGAGAACAGUUACUUCGUUCUCUAUCAGAAGAAAUGAACCAGUUAAAAUAUAAUUUAUCCACUGUUACUGCAAAAUGUUCUGAGCUUGAAAACAGAGCUGGUACUUCUCAAGCAUCCCAGGAAGCUGUAACAAACAGCACUGGAUCAACAACUAAUCUUUAUGAAGUUGAAAAACAACUAAAAGAUGCUCUUGAGAAAAACCAACAGUGGCUACUAUAUGACAAGCAGCGUGAAGCAUAUGUCAGGGGACUGCUUGGGAGGAUCUUUGAACUUGAACAGAAGUCAGAAAUAGUUAGCCAACAAGAAUCUAAAGAAUUCAAUUCAGAAGGUCUUCUACCAGAAGAAAAGCAAAAAUACUAUAACCAGCUAUUAUUAACUGCUAAGAGUGAUCUUGAGACUGAAAGACACACUGUAACUCAGCUGAGAUCUGAACUUACUGAAUUCAAAAAGAAGUAUGAAGAAACCCAACAAGAAAUAACAAGUUUAAAUGCCUUAUUGCAGUCACAACAGAUUGCUGAAAUGCAGACUCUAGAAAAUGAAAAUAAAGUGAAAGGAGAGAAAGUACAGAGACUAAAACAAGAAAAUGAAACUAUUAAAAGACAGCUCAGAGAAGAAAAGAAAAAGUCUGAAGAUCUUUUAUGUCAGGUGCAACUUCUUCAUAAAUCAUUGUUCAAACAGCAGGAGGAACACACUAGGAUAGCUUUGUUGGAACAACAGAUCCAGAUAUGCACCACAGACUUUGAGAAUGAAAAGCUUGAUCGCCAGAACUUGCAGCAUCAGUUAAACAAAGUCCUUAAGGAACUGCGCAAGGCCAGGGAGCAAAUAACCCGUCUAGAACCUUUGAAACUCCAGGAGUCUGGAUGUAUGGAACCACAAGAAGAUUUGCAAGGUGUGUUUGAAGAGAAGCUGACCAUAUAUGACAGAAGCCCUUCCCUGAAACAUUCAAGCCUUCUUGAUGAAAGUUUUCUUGAGUGUCCCAGGUGUAAAGUGCAGUAUCCAACAAGCCAGCAUAGAGAAUUAUUAGCACAUAUUGACUUUUGUACAGCUUGAGCUCCAAAUGGAUUUACUAUAUUUGCUUUAUACACACUGCCA